GAUCAAUUUUUAAUAACUUUGAAGUUUGAAUCACAAAUAUACACUUUUAAACCAUAUCCUAUGAAGGUUGAUUAUACAAAUAGAAAUUGAUCACCAUAACAAACUUGUGGUCUUGAUGAGAUGACAGUCUCAGGGCAACAAUAUGAAAUACGGAGUAUCAUAAUGGAGUAUUCAUCUUGAAAUAAUUUUCCAGCGUUAUCUAUUUUUUUAAUGAAUUAUUCAUUUAUUCAUAUCUAAUUAUUAUUCGUAGUUUAAAAUUCAAAGUUGACUUACUUAAAAAAAAAAAAAAAAGAAAGACCAUAAUAUCACCGAAAAUGAAACUUAAAAAGUCUUACUAAGUCAACAUUUGACUCACUCUCCUCUUCUUCUUCCUCCUUCCUCCACUUUCUCUCUCCUCCCAUUUUCUCAGACUCAAACUCAAAAACACGGCAUUUCCACAUUAACACUCACAUUCACAUCAAACUCCAUUUCCACACUAAACGUGUUCACCACGUCAACCACGGCCUAAACCCUAGGAGAGAGAAAAUCUCCAACAAAUGUAAAAAUGGCGGCUAAACCACCAUCAUCACCGGCGGAAUCAAUCCACCGGCAACUCGAAACUCUCUGUAACUCCGACGACUCCAUUCCAUGGGAACCUCCUCGUCGUUUCACCUCCUACGCCGGUCGCCUUCACCGCAUUACCGGAAACCUCCUUCGUCUUUCGCCGGAGAUUCUCUCUUCUCCGACGGUUCAUACUGCUCUUAAAGGAAUCUCCGGUGACCUUGUUAAAGCUGUUGAAACGGUUUCGGUUUAUAGGGAGAGAAGCAAGAUUUUUGUCCUCAUCAAUUGCCGUUCGUUGUGUUCUUCUCUUCAGGAUCGAACGGCUGCGAUUGGUGGAUGGCUUGCGUUGCUUGAGACUGGUCUCAAAGAUGUUACCGAUGUUCGGAAGAAGGUUUCGGAUCUUUCUAGAGAUAUGAAGCAAGCUCAAUUCUCUGUGACAGAGAAUGAAAUGAGAGUGUACAGCACACUACAGAAUGAAGGGCAAGGGAGGCCGAUAGCCAAACCAGUUCAGAGUGCUAUAAUUAUGGAUUUGGCUCGAGCUCUUGGGAUUGACCCCACCAAUCAUGCUGAGCUAUUGGAACACGUUAAGCUCUUGAAGAAUGAUCUUGCUCGCUCUAAUUCAGUGUCUGAGAGGCGGAUUCUUAUGUCUUUGCAGCGAGUUAUUGACAGCUGGUCUGCUGAGCCAAACAUAUCAGCUCUAAGCUUAGAUUUUGAUAUGGAAGAUGAAUCUCAGAUUUUGCCUUUCAAGAAUUUCAUUUGUCCAUUAACCAAGGAAGUUAUGAAGGAUCCUGUGGUGUUGGAGUCAGCACAGACUUAUGAGAGGACUGCAAUUGAAUACUGGUUUCAGCGUUGCUUGGAGGAUGGCAGAGAUCCCACUUGCCCUGUCACGGGUCAGGUGCUGAGGUCAUUAGAGCAGCAACCAAAUAUUGGCUUAGCUGGGGCAAUUGAAGAAUGGGUGAACAGAAAUGUUGACAUUCAUAUUAAGUCGGCUGUGAAACAUCUUAGCAAGGAUCCACCAUCUAUGGAUUUUGUUGAACGGGUUUUGGAUAGUAUUUAUAAGAUAUCAGAAGAGCAUCCAUCAAGCCGAUAUAAAAUUAGAAAUGCUGGCGUCGUCCUUCUAAUCAUUAAUCUUCUCAAAAAUUGCUCCAAGAGCAUCUGUUCUGCUUUGAAAUCCAAAGCUCUUAUGGCUUUACUUAGUAUGGCAAAGGAUGAAGACAGUAAGACAAUUAUGAUAGGGGGAGGCAUAACAAAAUUGGCAAUAAAAAGCCUUGCUGGGAGCACAGAGAAAGAGAAAGAAAAAGAAAAUGCCCUGAGGUUGCUGAUUGAAUUUACAGACAAUGAGGCUUAUUGUGCUAAAAUUGCAUCUGAGAAAGGUGCAUUUCUGCUUCUUUCAAGCAUGGCAGAGAACUUGGAGUGUCCCACUUUGUCCAACAUAGCAGAGGACGUGCUAAAACGUCUAGAAGUAAUUGAUGAGAAUGUUGAACAUUUGGCUGCAGCAGGAAGAUUUGAGCCUCUACUAAGUCGACUAUGUGAAGGUUCUCGUGACAUUCAAAUAGAGAUGGCAUCAUUGUUGGGAAAAAUGACUUUGACAAAUUGCAGUAAAGAACAAAUUGCAAAUCGAAGUGCAAAAGUUCUUGUUGAAAUGCUGCAUAAACCAGAAACUCGAGCAGCAAGUCUUCAUGCAUUGUGUAACCUUUCAUCUUUGGAUGACAAUGCAACUAUUCUUGUUGAAGCUUCUGUACUUCCAGCUGUCACAGACAUUAUCCUUGAAUCCCAGGAUGUCCUUUCAGAGCAGAAGGAGCUGGCUGCAGCAAUAAUUGCCAAUAUUGUGACAAGUCCGGGGCACUGGGAAUUGGCAGAGGUAAACAAGGACGGACAUUUAAUGCUUUCGUCCUUCGUUGUUUCUCACCUGAUGCGACUUUUACCUCAAGUAACCCCUCAGUGCCAAGUGUCUAUUCUUCGUAUCCUCUGUGGAAUUGCUUCUUCUCCCAAAGCAUGUGACCAGGUUGCAACUGAUAUAAAAUCUGGGGAUGGAAUCAAAAGCAUUAUGGAAUAUCUUGAACACCCUGAAACGCAACAUAGAAUCUAUGCUCUCAAACUUAUGAGGAUUCUAUCUGAAAGUUCUGGUGGAGAAUUUUUUGAUCAGCUCAGACUUCUGAACAAAGUCGUCCUUCUAAAAGAGAAAGUGCUAGACAAUCAGUCAACAAAUAGUGAGCGAUCUGAUGCUGCUUGUAUACUUGCAAAUUUUACUCUUUCAGGUGAUGAAGUGAGGACAAUUUUAGGAGCUGCUUUCCUGAAAUGGACAGUUACAACCCUUAAAGAAAUUCAGCACACUCCCAAUGGAAGAACUUCAAGGUCAUCAUCAAGUAUGCUAGAAGGGCUUCUUGGUCUUUUACUCCACUUUGCCAGGAAUACCAACGCACAGACAUUGGCUUGGGUUAAGGAACAUCACCUCAUUGCGAUCUUUCGUGAGCAAUUGAGUUACCUUUCACGCCCAAGAUGCAAACAUCUGGCAGUUCUUGGAUUAAAACACUUGUCAGAAUCUGGCAAAGUUCUUGUUUCUGAGGGAGAAUCAGACCCACUACCUCCACAAGGAUUCUGCUCUUCCAUGGUAUUCAUGUGUGGUAGAUUAUCACCCGAACUCUCCAGAUGUCCAAUACACAAUGCACCUUGUGAAGAAGACAGUGAGCUGUGCUUGCUCAAGAGCAACUGCAUCAAACCCUUGGUUGACCUCCUCCUUGAUGAGCACACGGAUGUCCAAAUUGCGUCUGUAGAGGCACUUUCCUCUCUUAUCCCGGAUACAUUUUAUAGUUUUAGGCGUGCUGCUGAUGAGCUUGAUCGCCUGGGUGUGGCAGAUGCUGUAGUUGCUCUUUUCAUUGAAGUUCGGCCUGGAGAACUUCAAGAAAAGGCAAUAUGGAUGGUGGAGAGGCUCUUAAGAGGGGAAAGCACUAGCCAAAGAUUUGCUCUUGACCAGACUUUAGUCAGGGCAUUAGGGGAAGCCUUAAAGCAUGGAAAUGCUAACACAAGAAAAAUUGCUCAAGACGCUCUUACCAACUUAAAACAGUUAUCUGGUGCUAGUGGCAAGAUUUCCGGACCCUUGCGUCCAUGGAGGUAGUCUAUUUUGUUCAUUGUAUCCUGUUGUAUUUUUACAUUAGUUAGUGGGUGUAUUUUUAGUGAAACCCACAGCUUUGUAUAAUUUAUUGUUGUCUAUACACAAUGUAAAUUGUAUUACUACAAAUCAGUUAAUUUGUUGUAGGUUUCCUUGUUACAUCAAUGUGGCUUUCUUUCUCUUA